UCCAAACCGAAACUUUAAAUUCCGAUCGCAUCCCUCAAUCUUCUCUAACAACCAAAUCCCGAACCCUCAAAUUCGCAUUACUUCCGUAUGGAUCAUCAAAAUCCGAAUGAUCCGCCGCUUCCGUCGCCGCCGUCAUCCACGACGGCGAUUCUGGACUCUCCGCUCAACGCCGUCGGGUUCGAGAUUGAAAUCUUAUCUCCUCACAGAGUAUCCGGCCGCAUUGUCGUCUCUCCGAAGUGCUGCCAGCCGUUUAAGGUGCUGCACGGCGGCGUAUCGGCGAUGAUAGCGGAGGCGCUGGCGAGCAUUGGAGCACAGAUGGCGGCGGGAUUCAAAAGAGUGGCGGGAUUUCAUCUCAGUAUCGAUCAUUUACAGAGCGCAGAGAUCGGCGAUCUUGUUCUCGCUGAAGCGACUCCCCUGUCCCUCGGCAAGGCUAUUCAGGUAUGGGAAGUAGAACUAUGGAAGGCGAAAAGUUCGAGCGUGGAGAGGAGGGACCUUGUGGCGUCGUCGAGGGUCACCCUUCUAUGCAACAUGCCUGUGCCGAAACAUGCCCAACCCUUGGUCGACACUCUCAAGAGGUUAGCAAAGUUGUAAACAAGUUCGAAUUUAACUCAGUAAA